AUGCCUCCAGGUGCUGACAACACCGACUCAAACAGGCCACCAGCGGCGCGUGGUCGACAGCUUGUUGGGGCCGCGUGUGAUGAGUGCCGACGGCGGAAGCUGCGCUGCGAUGGCAAGCAACCUCAAUGUGGCAUUUGUCAGGAUACCGAGGUUGUUUGUGAGACCACCCAGCGCAGCGUUCGGGGCCCCAAGAGGGGUCACCUAAAGGCCCUGAAGAACCGCAUUGUGCAGCUCGAGGCCAUGCUUGAAAGCAGCUUCUCACCCGAUCAGCAGCCCGAUUUGCUGCAUGAUUCACGAAACUGCCACGACAAGACUCUUGGAUCAUCUCUGAGGUUGUCAAAUGUUCGGAAUGCGGUUCAUCCCUCAGAGGCCUGGGUGCCGACGACAGCUGUCUCGUCGGGCCCGGAGCAAGGGUUGUUUGUCUCUGACGCCGACUGGCUGCAGCCGAAUCUAGCGAUCCAUCUAAACGAUCUGGGGCUAACGAAUCAAGGAUUCUCGUUCAAUUCUACAUUCCCUUCAUCAAAUUUGCAUCUGACUGAGGUUUUGCAAGCUGAACUAGACCAGCUAUACUUGGAUCGCGUGCAUCAGUCGAUCCCAAUUAUUCACCGGAGGAGAUACUUGUCGUGGUCUAAAUCAAGCACCAACCCACCAUUCCGCAAGUGUCUUCAGUACGCCAUGUGGACUUUAGCAUCCCUGAUGUCCGUUCAUUCUCGCGACCUGGCCGAGCCCCUCUACCAGCAAACCAAGAAAAUGCUGGAGGAUCUAAGCCCCGAAGCCAAUGAAAACAGCAGUUUCAAUACCACGUUAGCCCAGGCAUGGGUUCUGGUUGUUACAUUUGAGUCAAUACGGACGCAUCACCGUCAAGCAUGGAUGAGCGUCGGCCGAGCAUUUCGCUUGGUCCAGGGUAUGAGAUAUCAUGAGAUUGACAGACCCACCGACAAGCAUCACUCUUCUCCUGCGCUGUGUAGAGACUUCAUCGAGGCGGAGGAGAUGCGCCGAGUGUUUUGGAUGACUUAUUUCCUAGACCAUAUCAUCAGCAUGCGUAACGACUGGCCGAUCACCCUGAAUGAACACGUUGUGAGUGCCGUUUUCCAGGACUAG